AUGCCGCAAUCACCUACCCACACGACGGAGGAAGCUCCAGAACACCGAGGCCUUACCCAUACAAACAAUGCAAUGUCAAAUAAAGAAAAACACCGUCCAAAGUCUCGGGGUUCCACGACCAGUUUACAGUCUGUUGGAGUAGGAAGCGCUUUCCAACCGCCGCCUCAACAACACGACGACUCGACGAUGCCGCUCGAUCAGAACGGCUUCUACGUACAACAUGGCGGCCACCAUCAAGCCGCUGCGAUGUACGGUCCCAAUCCUGACGAGAUGCUCAUGCAUUAUCCGCACAACAUGACGGCGCACCUCCAACAACACCCGCCUAUGGACGCCUCGGGUGGCAUGCCACAACACGAAAUGCGGCCAAUGCCACAACAAACAUUUCAGGAAAUGCAGCACUUCCCCGUGCAAUAUCCUCACGGCCUGCCCCCAUACGCUGUCGCUCCACAACAUAUGCAUCAUAUGCGUCACCAUUCCGAGCAGUUCGAAGGGUCACCGGCGCCCGAAGACUCGAAUACUGAGAACGGGGGCGCGAAGAGAAGAAAAGGAACGGCUUCGAGUGUCGCGAAUGAUCAAGAGUUGCGACGGCUACUUGCGCAAUACCAGGGCAAGUCCUUGAAGGAGGUUGCCGCCGAGGUUCAGAAAAAUGAAGGGUCAGGAGGCAAAUCCGAGAAGGCUAAACAGGUGUUCGCCAUGUUAUGGCUCCAAGAAAAUUGUCAACGAUCUUCGAAUUCCGUGCGCCGAGAUCGCGUCUUCACUCGAUACACUGAACGCUGCGGCAAUGAGCGCGUUCCAACCCUAAACCCCGCGUCGUUCGGUAAACUGGUGCGAAUAAUCUUUCCCAAUGUGCAAACCAGACGACUCGGCGUCCGAGGCGAAUCCAAAUACCACUAUGUAGAUCUCUCGCUGGUCGUGGACGAUGACGACCGACAAUACGUCUCGACGGCUCAAGAAAGACCGGGAACAGCUGACGGCAGUCAUCAUGAGAGACGCGGAUCCCACGCCGAUACAAACAAGCUCAUCAAGGCUCGCAUAUCACCUUCCAUUGAGAGACCCCUGUCCAGGGCCGCCGUGGAGACUGCCGACUUCCCAGCCCCUAGCGCCGCUUUCUUGCCUCAGGAGAGCGCUGGAACCGAAGAGGUCGAGCCGCAGCCAACGAAACCACAACUGCAGAAGCUAGACUGUAAAUACAUCAACACUCCGACAAUCCGCUUACCAUACAGAAGAAUGCCCGCGAACGUGGUUGCUGCCCUGCCAUCAGUUCGGCCGAAUCUACCUGCGAGUAUGGCCACUUACCUGGGAAUGCCAACCCUCGAUUCUUUAGCGCAGGUGUCUUCCUCGUCACAAGAUGCGCCCGUCGAGUUUCCCGACAUAUUCCCUUACCUGGAAGGGGUCAACUAUGAUGCUUCAAUAGCCAAGGCCCUGUUCCAUCUCUAUCGAUCUUAUUGCAUCGACGUCAUCGACGCGUUUAGAAAAUGCAAAGAAAAGCCAUUCUUCAAUCACCAUUCCGCCUUUAACGGCAAGAUGACCGUUCCGGUGUCCAAGCUAUUCUCGAUGGCAUGCCUGGCUCCUUGGAUCCAGGAAUGUGACAUGCGCAUGUACAAACAAAUUGUGCGCUUCAUCGCCCCGUUGGCUGUCCAAAAUGUGCCGGAUGUUGUGUGGAACGUCUUCGAUCGCAUUGGCUCGAGAUUGGUCAGUCAUCUUAUUUCCGCGUUUGAAGAAAAGUGCCCGGUUCAUGUCGUCGUGGCCAAGACCGUACCUGCGGCGAGGUUUGCGAAUCUGCUUAAGAAGCUCAAAGGAGCCAAUGCCGCGACGUUACAACUCAGUCGGAUGUUAGAAGACCCCCAACAGCGAACGCAAAUGUGGCUCGACCUCAUGGCCAUGGUUGAACCGGAGCGCAUGUUAGAAGAGAGCAUGCCACCACCAGAAAGCCUGGAGAGGAUUGAAGGUGUCCUGAAGCACGACAUGAGACCACUCGUCUUGCCAGUUGACGGCGAACUAGUGCGCGCAGCAGAAGAGGAUCCCACCAGUGCAUACGCAAACUUCCUUAGCGACAACUCAGGAUAUGGACAAGGGCUCCUUCCUCUGGACAGCAACGAGCAACCCACUCCAUUGUUGGAAAAAUGGAUCAACUGGUUGGAGCGGUUGCCGCAACUGUUUGAAGGCCAUCAUCCACAAUGCAUGAUCGACUGGCAUUCUCGGUUCUGGAGCAGUCUCAUGAUGCAGAUGGGACAGAACGGAGCACACAGUUAUCAAUCAUGGUGGUUUGUGGAGUCGUUCACCACUCAAAUGUUGUGCUGGAUGACACAGAUGGAGGGGUUGCUAAUGGAUGAAGAAAGUCAGAAGCUUGCGGAUGAACGCGAGCAAGAAAAGAGCAGAGAGAUUGAGCCUCACCUAUCAACGUCAUCAUUAGGUCGAAGUCUCAAGCGUAAGCGAGCGGAGGACGACAUCGAAGGCGAGGCGAAUACCACCCCUGAACUUGAAGUGGUACAUCAAACCAAGAAAUUGGAGACGAGCCACGAGAGCGCUUCUACGCUGCCUUCAGUUCCUGCCGAAGAGCCAACGGCAACCCAACAAGUGGAUGACGAUGAGACAGAUGCAGAGCUGGACGAGCUACGCCAGGGCGGCCCUUUAGAUCUGCCGAGUUUUCACACGGGCUUGAGCAGUCCAGUCAAACGACAACCGGGGACGACUAAUACUCACGACGAUAGUGGAAUCGACUUGGGGUUGGACGUGGAUGCAGAAGCCGAGAAGGAGGCCAAAAAGUUCAACAAGCGAGACUGGUUGCUCAGUAGCGACCCUGUGGAUUCAGCGGUCGGACUGGGCGUCUUGGUAUGA